UUCGUUCAACAGCAGCAACAGACAGUCAGCAACCUCGGUAGCUUGCUCGACAAAAUAGACGAACCAAUAAAGCUCUUCAGACGCGUUAGUGUAUAUUUGCCACUGUAUUUUAAACCCUCGUCUGUCGCCUAGUUAGUUAUCCGUUUUAAUUUCAUAUUUACGGUAUUGUUUUUAUUAUUCAUCUAGCGGGCUGGUUAAGUUAGCAUUAGCCUAGCUAGCUAACAUCUUCAACCAUGAGGUCACUAAGCUACUCUCUUGUUAAAGAAGAGAAGGUCUGCUGGACGGAGAAAGAAGCUCUCGUCAAAGAGAAGGAAGAGGAGGAUAUCACAGUAAACGAAAAAGUAGAGGGUGAGGCUGUUACCGUGAAAGAAGAAGAGAAAGACGUGUUCAGAUUGAAAGAGGAAGAGGUUGUUACAGUAAAAGAAGAGGAGGAAGAGGAGGAUGCAGUUUUUGGAGUGAAAGAGGAGGAGGGGGAGAUGACUGUCACAUUGAAAAAGGAGAUGGAAGAAGAGGAGGAAACUGGAUUUCUGGGCUCGGUUUCCCAAACGCAUCUUAAGGCAUCCAAUGGUUCUAAUGAUGAACGGGCCCUGGUUAACACAAGAGAGAGACGGGACUAUUGUGGAUCCUCUGGGGAGCCUCAACAACAGCAUGAUGCUGACAGGGCAGAGAAGAGUCUCUACACAUCAGAACACCUCAAGAAACACCUGCGGAGAUCCACAAGGAAGAGACCUCACUGCUGCUCUGAUUGUGGGAAGAGAUUCACCUCAUCAGCAGGCAUUAAAAUUCAUCAGAUAAUCCACACAGGAUUAGAGAAAUCUUAUAGCUGUACUCAAUGUGGGAAGAGUUGUACUCUAAGGGGCCUGAUGUCACACCAGAGAACACACACAGGAAAUAAAUCGUAUAGCUGUGAUGAAUGUGGGAAGAGUUUUCCUCUGGUAUUCAACCUAAUAUUACACCAGAGAAGACACACAGGAAAUAAAUCGUAUAGCUGUAACCAAUGUGGGAAGAGUUUUACUACAUCAAGCUAUCUAACAGUACACCAGAGAACACACACAGGAGAGAAUCCGUGCUGUGAUCAAUGUGGGAAGAGUUUUUCUACAUCUAGCUAUCUAACUAUACACCAGAGAAUACACACAGGAGAUAAACCUUAUAGCUGUGCUCAAUGUGGGAAGAGUUUUACCAUGUCUAGCAGUCGGACUAGACACCAAAGAACACACACAGGAGAGACUCCUUAGAGCUGUACUCAAUGUGGGAAGAGUUUUACUACAUCACGCUAUCUAACUAUACACCAGAGAACACACACAGGAGAGAAACCUUAUAGCUGUACUCAAUGUGGGAA